AUGCCUCCUUCCGAGAGCGGAAGCGGCUCAGCUGGCCUCAAUGGCAAAGAUAGUGGCAAACGUCCAGCUAUCAAUUCUCAGUCCAAUGGCCCCAGCACAAAUGGAAGCUCCCAAGAACCUCACGACUCAUCCUCACUUCUCCAUGGCGGGGAAUCGACCCCCAGUCUCCGGCCUCGACAAUCAAAACAAACACCCAUUCUCGACAUCACGAAAGAUUUGUCCGCCCUCAUCAGUCAACAGAUGAGAAGAACUCCCGACGCUGUUGCUCUCGAAGAUGAAACCACGAGCUUGACGUACAGCGAGCUGGAUGUCGAGGUCACGGAUUUGGCCAAUCGUCUGCGUGAUCAUGGGGUUGGGCGGGAUAGACUCGUGGGGGUACUUUUGGGACGCAGUGCGAAUUAUGUAAUUGCGUGUCUGGCGGCGCUUCGUGCUGGAGGGGCAUUUUUAGUAUUAGAGCUCGCGUAUCCUCCUAGUCUUCUGGCAGAUGUCAUUGAUGAUGCCAAACCGGUCGUGGUCAUCACAAAUGCAGCCCAAGCGAGUCAGAUCAAUGCUGAUAUCCCGGUGAUGAUCAUCGAGGAACUCAAGAACAACUCUUACCGCCCCUCAGAGCAUAUCAAGAAGUCCCCUUUACCAGCUGAAGAUGAUCUCGAGCGCCUCGCCUUCGUCUCAUAUUCUUCCGGGACAACUGGAAAACCUAAGGGAAUUGCCAACCCACAUAGGGCACCAGUCCUCUCAUACGAUCUCAGAUUUCAGCUCAGCGAUCUCUCACCCGGCGACCGUGUAGCAUGCAACGUCUUCUUCAUCUGGGAAAUGCUACGGCCUCUCCUCCGGGGUGCCACAGUCGUCUGCGUUCCCGAUGAAGCCAGCUACGAUCCCGUAGCAUUGGUAGAACUUCUCUCGAAACGUGAAGUCACAGAAACUCUUAUGACACCUACUCUCCUCGCUGCUUGUUUAUCACGACAUUCAGACAUUCAGAACGAUCUUUCUAAACUUCGCACGUUGUGGUUUAAUGGAGAGGUUGUCACGACAGAUCUUGCACGUCGCGCUAUCAAAGCUCUUCCCAACACACGUUUGCUGAAUUGUUACAGCGCGAGUGAGACGCAUGAGAUUGCUUGUGGAGAUAUUAGGGAGAUAAUCAAUAAUGAGGCGUCCUUUUGUCCCGUCGGACCACCUAUGGAUCCUGAACAUACCUACAUCCUCAACCAGGAGGGGAAGAAAGUUGAAACUGGAGUUGCAGGAGAGCUAUUCGUUGGUGGAUCUCUGCUUGCUCGAGGAUAUCUCAAUUUACCUGAGACUACUGCGGAAGCAUUCAUUUCAAAUCCAUUCGCCCCCGGAUCCCGCAUGUACAGAACCGGAGAUCUUGCAAGAAUGCUACCUUCUGGGAUUCUUGAGAUUACCGGCCGUGUUGGAGCUAUGAUGAAAAUUCGAGGUUACUCGGUCGUCCCAGGAAAAGUUGAGAACGCCAUCAUUGAGCUUCUGGCUGUCAAACAGUGCGCUGUGAUUGCUCAUGGAGAGGGACUAGAUAGGCAGCUAGUGGCUUAUAUCGUGCGUGACAAAGAGGAUCCAGGUGACCGUCCAGUACCGAUUAUCGAUGAGGCUGGAUACAGUCUUGUGGCUCGUAGGGCCUUGUCAACAUCUUUGGCACAAUAUAUGAUUCCUGCCUUGUGGGUCGAACUCGACGAACUUCCAACAAACAGAGUCUCUGGCAAAGCAGAUCUCAAACGUCUACCUCCACCAGGCCUCUCGAUAUCUACAAUGUUUAAUCACACCAAGACUGAGCGGGAUAGCAGCAUUAGCAUUGAAGCCGUUGCUGAGAUAUGGGCUACAUCCCUCAGCAUCCCCUUCACCUCUGUAACAAAAGAGCACACAUUUUUCGACCUCGGAGGGCACUCGCUCACCCUUGCCGAUCUCGCCACUCGAAUGUCAAGAACCUUCGGCGUUUCCGUUCCCGUCUCAAGACUCGUGGUGAACCCGACAUUAGAAGGUCACUUGGAAGUAGUGCGAGGUAUUCGCGAUGGACAUACUGCAGCAGUUCAGGCAGAUUUACCUGCUGUUCUACGAGGCGAUUCCACUCUCGAUGAAGAUAUCAAGUCUUCUGGGACACCAAUGCGUGCUCUCAGCGCUCUUGACUCCGAUGAUACUGUCCUCUUGACCGGUGCUACAGGUUUCCUUGGCGCCUUCCUUCUUUGCGACCUCCUCGAAUCAACAUCCGCACGAAUCGUCUGUCUGGUCCGCUUCAACAGUCCUGAAGAUGAGGAUGCGCCUGCUGGUGUUGCUCGUAUCCGUAAGAACUUACUGGAUCUGGGACUUUGGCAAGAUUCCAUCCUCGACCGGAUUGAAGUCCUUCCUGGUAAUCUGUCACACAAGAAACUUGGUCUUGCUCCAGAUUCUUACAAGGAGCUUGUGUCAAGUGUGAAGGUUAUCGUCCAUGCUGGAGCUACGGUCAACUUGGUCUAUCCUUAUGCUGCGCUACGAGAUGCUAAUGUUGGUGGGACGAGAGAGAUCUUGCGUCUGGCGGGGGAGAGCGGUGCGACACUUCAAUAUGUGUCUACUAACGGAGUACUGCCACCAUCUACAACACCAUGGCCUGAAAGUGCUAUGAUCGAUGUUGAGGAUGUCCCUGACAAGUUGGUUGACGGCUACGGCCAAACCAAGUGGGUCGCUGAACAAUUGGUCUACGAAGCUGGUGUUCGUGGUAUGCCCGUACGAAUCUUGCGCGCUGGAACUAUCAGCGGUCACAGUACUUCUGGGUCAACCAACACUUAUGAUCUCUUCACUGCGCUGCUCGUCGAGUCCCUUCACAUCGGUUACUUCCCAAAUAUUUCAGGCUGGCGUGCUGAAAUGACACCGGUCGAUUUCGUCAGCAAGUCAAUCGUCACGCUCGCCAACGAUACUACAUCAAAGAACUCUGUCUUCCAUCUCGGCGAUGCCAACCCUGUCGACACCCAAUCUCUCUUUGACGAUCUCGACAAGCUCGGCUUCCCCACCAAGCCUCUCGAAUGGAAAGACUGGGUCUCGCUCUGGACCGAGAAGCGUGGCUCCUUAAAGCGAGGAGCUGGUGCCUUCACAGCCGACAUUCUCCGUGGUGGAAUGCCCAGCGUCGAGUUCCUACGUGAUAUCACAAUACUAAACGACGAAGCUACCAAACCCGCGCUCGCAAAUCUUCCACGUCCAAGCAUUGAUGUCAAAUUGGUCGAAAUAUACGCUCGUCACUGGUAUUGCAGAGGCUGGCUUCCACGCCCACCAAUCCGCCUCAACCAAGCCAACGGAUUCGGCGCCAAGCUCGUGAAGAAGAGCCCAUUAAGUGGUCUCGUUGCUGUCAUAACAGGUGCAUCAUCAGGUAUCGGCGCCGCAACUGCUACUGCUCUCGCACAAGAAGGCGCACACGUCGUUCUGGCCGCGCGACGGACAGACGCCCUUUCAUCACUUAAGAAGAAACUCUCUGUCUACGGUGGCAAAGUCCUCGUACACGCAACAGACGUAACACAGAAAUCACAAGUCGAGUCCUUGAUCCGCACUACAGAGGAAGAGCUCGGUCCAGUUGAUAUCUUGGUUUCAUGCGCGGGCGUCAUGUAUUUCACCAUGAUGGCCAACUGCCACACCGACGACUGGGAGAAGACCGUAGACGUCAACUGCAAAGGCCUCCUCCACUGCCUCUCCUCCACCAUUCCCGGCAUGCUCUCCCGUGGCAAAGGCCACAUCGUUGCGAUCUCCUCAGACGCAGGCCGUAAAGUCUUCCCAGGCUUAGGCGUCUACUCGGCCAGUAAGUUCUUCGUGGAAGCUACCUUGCAGGCUCUGCGUGUGGAGACUGCUGGGACAGGGUUGAGAGUCACGAGUGUGCAGCCUGGGAACGUGGCGACGGAUUUGUUGGGCUUGUCGACGGAUAAAGAGGCGUUGAAGAAGUAUGGGGAGCCGUCUGGGGCGAAGGUUUUGGAUGCGGAGGAUGUGGCGGGCGCGAUUGUUUAUGCGUUGAGGCAGCCUGAGCAUGUUGCUGUUAAUGAGGUUAUGAUUGAGCCUAGGGAUGAGCCGAUUUGA